ACAGAUCUAGACACACAUUGAUCAGCCUGCUGCCAGUCGAUCUUGUCCUGCCAUACAUUUUAAACACGAAAAACGUAUUUAUCGCACAGUAUUAUUUUCUAUGAAAAUUCAUUCGACUACACAAUUUUUGAGUUAAAAUUGAAGAAAAAAAACGACGCGAUUGAAAAACUUGUGAUCUGAACUUGUCGGGCGGAAAUCGGUUAUUAAGUUUCAUAGAAGAGUGCCCAUUAAAUUUAAAUCGAAUUUUAAGCUGAGAAAAAAACGAACAAAAGUUUUUUUUUCUGCAAAAAUUCUUUCUUUUCACAUCGAAUUCAGUUGUGCAGCGAUCAACAGACGGGUUUGAUCGGCGUAUGGUGCCUUACUCGACAUGUACCGUGCUUAUAAAUAGAAAAUAAUAUAGUCCAAUAUAUUUUUAAAAAUAGAGCGCGCACAAAGGCAAAUUCAGCAACGAAAAACGCAAGUAAAUAGCUGAAAACAAGCAAACGAACAUCUCGCAUCGAAAAAAAAAACAAAAACAAAAUUCGUUGUUAUUUUCUCACAAAUUCAUUCAAGUUUUUUUUAAUGUGUUAAGCCUUUUAUAUCAUUUUUUCUUUGUUGUUGGUCGGUUCGCGGUUUAUGACGAAAUUAAUUUAUCUAUUUUAUCAGUGACACUUUUUACGACGAAAUUUUUUGUUCGGUGUGUUUAUAAAUCAUAAGCAGUGGCAGUGGUCAAAAGUUCCAAUGACGCGUAGGUACGAAAAUGUGCUGCUUUGAUGAGUGAUAGAAUGAUGUCAAGUGCUAAAAGCUAAUCCAAACUGGCAAAUUAUCACCAGAUGAUGUAUAACAAACAUAAAAAAAUAAUACGAUGAAAACAGGAUGUUGAAUUCUGUUUGUGUAAUUUCGAAUAUUUUUUUGGGAUAGAAAAAAAAAUAGAAGAAGAAACGAAAUAUCGGAAAAAAUUGGCUUUUAGUUGAAACAUGCAUCAUUUAUACCCGGUCUCAAAAGGCGAUCAGCUAUGUCCGUUAGGUUUUCAUCCACAAGUUCGAUGGCCGACACGAUGCAAACGAUGCUUCCGGGAUUACAAAGAUCACGGCGUAAAACGAGCUGAAGAUAUCACCAUAUCGUCACCCAGCCUCUCGGACCCAUCAAGAACACGAGCUCAAUCAGAAAAACCAACAGACCGAAGCUGGACGUCAACGUCCAAUUUAUCAGUAACACCCGAUAAAGAAGCUCCACCUCCUCGACGAAGACGGCCAAUUUCAUGGACCUCAACGCCGGAUAUGGAUGAGAAUGAAAAGCCAGCACCACCACCGCCAUCCGUUGAAACUCAAUCCACUGAGAUAAGUGUAGCGUUACCACGACGUCGUCAUACUUCUGCACUCCCAGAGAUUCCUCAAGUCGAAGAAUCGUUUACAUUACGAAAACCGCCUCGGCCACCGCCAACAAAACAAGACUCCGAAGACUUGACAAUUACCCGAAAUGAUUCCUUGGCCGAGCGUGUACGUAAAAUGCAACUACUCAAAAAACAAAACAGUAUCGAACGAGAGUUGCGAUCGCGUCAAUCGAGUACCGAAAAGGAGCAAUCACCUUCGCCACGAAACCGUACCGAUUCAACUGAUUCGAAACGUAGCUACUCAAUAGGUAGGGAAUUAUCGAAAUCAAAGUCAGCCACAAAUCCCGUCGAAGAUAUGGAAAAGUUAAGUGCUGAGCUGGUUCAAGCACGUCGUAAAAAUGAUGACAAAAAUGAGAUUGCACAGCGGCGAUUGACAUUCACCGACAAAGCAGCAAAUCAACUGGCAUCAAAUGACACGGCUAAAUUGCAGUUCAAAAUUAAUGACUUGAGUCGACAGUUGGAGGAUUUAAAAUAUGAAAAAUUGCAUUUGACAACGAAAAUCAAAGAUCUCGAAAAGAGCCUCACGAUUAAAGCAUCCAAAACGGACGAAGAUGAACUACGUAAAAAAUUACAAGCGGCCGAACAGCUGUGCGAAGAGCUGAUGGAUGAAAACAAUGAGAUAAAAAAAGAAUUGAAAAGCAUGGAAGACGAAAUCGACGAAAUACAGGAUAAUUUUCGUGAAGAUCAAGCCAACGAAUACACGAAUAUGAAAAAAGAAAUGGAAAUGACACAGAAGAAUUGCCGCAUUUUAUCGUUCAAGUUGAAAAAAUCGGAGCGGAAAAUCGAACAAUUGGAGGCAGAAAAACAAUCAUCAGCACCGGCAGCACUGAUUAGUCAAAUUAAACAAUUGGAAGAAGAGCUUCGGAUAUCCAACGAUCGAUUACAACAAAUGCAGGUUGAAGCAGAAAAGGUGCAACAAACAAGUCCAAACGGAAAGCCAAUGCUCAGUUCGAUUGGAAAAUCCAAUUCGGUCGAUGGGAAAAUGUCACGUUCCACUCUUACUCGAGGCAGUUCACAGGAAGAUCCGCAGCAAUUAAUGCGUGACCUGCAAGAUUCAAUCGAACGGGAGGCUGACAUCAGAGAGCAGCUUAAAUUUGCCGAAGAGGAAGCCGAAAGUCUACGCAAAAAAGUAUUACGCAUCGAAGAUGAAAAUGAAUCGCUGAUGGUGCAAUUGAAAAAGAUGGCAACAAAAGCUCGGAGUCGAAAGUUGAGUCCCACAGCACCGUCUCGCCUGACAGUCGAUGCUUCUGAUAAAGAUGAGGGAAUUUCUGAUGAAGAGGAUCCGGCUGAGCUUCGCGUUUUACUUGACUUAAACGAACAAGAAUCGUCCCAGUUACGACGUAAAGUCGAUGAGCUGGAGCAAGAGAAUAAAACGAUUAAAAAUCAAGUGAAGGAAUUGCGUGAGGCGCCAAAAACGCCAACUCUUCUAUCCAAAAGUACGAUCGUAAAAGACAAAGAGAUUGCUGAAUUGCAAAAGAAAAUCGUUGACAUAGACAAAGAGAUGAAAUUGUUGCGAAAGAGUGCGGCCAAGACGGGACCACAGACCAUACAAAAAUUGGAAGAGGAAAAGAAAAAGGCCGUGCAAGAUGCCAAAACAUUGGGCGAACAAAUUGAGUCCUACAAGUCUGAGAUCAAGAAUCUGAAGAGUGUCAUUGCCAAACAAGAGACUCGUUGUAUGGAAUUGGAAAAAACGAGUACGGACAAUGAAUCGAAGAAGAAGAAAGCAUUAACAGAUGUCAAAGCCAUCGAAGAGAAACUCAGCAAACAAGAGAGUUUGAUAAAGCAAUUAGAAGCCGCUAAAUCGCUUGGCGAAACCAAUGUAACGCAGGAGAAAGGGCGGUCGGCUAAGCUUGAAAAGGAAUUAGACGAGCUGAAGAAAGAGAAUCGACGCUGGGAAACGAAAAUAGCUGAUUUAGAUUCGGAUUUGAAUUCGUUGCGACGAAAGGCACAAACGGAAAAAGCGGCACUUGAAAAGGAGAUAGCUACGCUAAAAAGUCAAAAAGAUACGUUGCCAGGCAAAAAGAUGGAUGAGCUUCGGAAGCAAAAUACCGAUUUGCAGGCUCAAAUCGAUAGUGAGGUGAAGAAGACAUCCGAUGUGACGAGCAAGUAUGAGCAAUUGGAAGAGCAGCAUGUAUUCAUUAAGGCGCAGCUAUCGAGCGACAAAGAGACCCUCGAAACCUCAAACAAUACGCUUAAAGCCAAAAUUGUUACAUUGGAAUCGAAUUUAGAACGUUUCAAACGUGAUAACAUCGAUUUGAGUCGCAAAAUUGUCGAUGUACAAAACAAAUGCAAAGAUUUAGAGAGCAAAAGUUCACAGAAUGUGGUGGUCGAACACGAACGAAUGCGUUUGUUGGCAUCGCUGCAGGAGAAAAGCCAUCAAUAUGAAUUGUUGGUCAGCGAAAAUGAAAUGAACAAAGAUUUGAGCGAACAGUUAAAGAAAGAGAACGACGAGCUGCGAAAGAAAUUGGGUGACUUCAAUAAAGUGAAUAAAGUGCAAGCAUCUAUGAAUGAUCAUAACUCGUCGCUCGAACAAGAGAUUAAACAAUUGAAAGCAAAAUUGGAAAGCGCAACAUCUACCAAAAUCAGCGAUAUCGCUGCAACCAAACUCAGAUACGAACAACAAGUAUACAAUUUGCAAACGGAACUCAAUUCGCAACAAAAACAAUGCGAACGAUUUAAACGUGAUCGCGAUUCAUUCAAACAGCUACUUGAGGCGGCCAAAAAAACGAUCAAAGACUUGAAAUCGAAUAGUGGUCGCACCAGUAAAGCGUCUAGCGGCGACGAAGAUGAUAAAUCGAAAAUAUUGGUGCUCGAGCAAAAGGUUGGACAGUUGGAGGAUGAAUUAUGCGAAUCACGGCUGGAGAGUAGCCGGCUAAAAACUGAAUUGGUAUCCGAGAAGACAACAUCGGAAAUUAAGUUGUCGGAACUGAAUUCACGCAUCAAUGAAUAUGAAGAAGAGCGUUUGUUGGGCAGUGGGCGGACAAAAAUUGCUGGCAUGAAGACGAAAUUGGAGCUUUCGUGGCAAAAAGAACGCGAAGAACAUCAACGGCUGUUACAAGAGACAUCAACGCUGGCACGCGAUCUACGCCAAACAUUGCUCGAAGUUGAACGUGAACGCGACAAAGAACGGCUUGAAAAUCGACGGAAAAUCGAACAAUUGGAACGCAACAGUGAGGAAGACUUGGACGAAGGACGCAAAAAGAUUGCUGAACUUCAAUGUGAUUUAUUGGAAUUGCGUGAUGCCCAUGCCAAACUUCGUACAUCGAAUGAAAAGUUGCGACUCGAGCGUGAACGCUACGAACGUGAACGUGAUAGUUUCUACCGAAGAGGCAUUGAACUCAAUUUGGAUCGUCGAUUGAAUUCGCUGUUGCAAUUGGUCGACGAUUUGUUUAAAAUGUCACCGGAAUCCGUGCAAAGUUCCGUCUUGAGAAAACCACCAACGCCGAACAUGCAAAAGCGUUUAGUGAAGAGCAGUUCAGUUGAUCGUCCCGAUAAUCAGUUGGCCGGUAGCAUGGAACAAGUGACCAGUUUGAUUGGCCGGCUUAUGGCUGCCUCUGAAGAUAUUCGACAAUUCCAAAAGAGUUUCGGCGAAGACCGUGAACGGGAACGAAUUCGGCGAAGCAGUAUGCGACGCGCAACAUCCAUCGAAAAUGGUGUAAGUGAUAAUGAACGAUCGACGGGCGGGCGUCUAUCGAAAUCAUCAACACAAAAUGGUAGUCUCCAUCGCAAGAGUUUAUCGGUGCAAGAUCAAUCGUCGAUGGGUGGUCAGAAAAUUUGGAAAAAUCCCACCGACAGCAAUUCAUCGAUACAAUCGAUUGACUCAGAACUUCACUAUGGAGGCGGAAAUUAUGGCCGUGAUUCGAGUUUGGAUUCGCGACUAUCGGGCGGAUCAACACAAUCAGAUCUACCGUGUGGUACAAGGAAGAAAAAACGCGGUCUCAUGGGCAAACUCAAAUCGUUAGCAUCAUCAAAAAGCAGUAAAAAUAAUGACACCGAUGGAUCGCAAGUAAACUCAGAUUCUGAUAUAAGCCUUGUCAAUUAUGACUACAAAUCCAGUAAGACCAAUCUGAAAGGUCGAUUAUCGGAUAUGUUCAGACGAUCGGCGUCAUUAUCACGGAACGAUAGCGAAGAUGGUGCGGAUAAAUCUGGCGCUAACAGUCGAUCCACAACACCAAAUAUUUCGUCACGACAUAAAAGUCCCGCAACAAUAAGACCGGUUCAAAUUCAAUCAUCAUCAGCGUCACCACAGCCAAGAGUAUCGAUGGCGGAAGCAAGUAAUUCUUUGAAAACACCUACAUUAGUUAAGCGAGUGAAUAAAAAAUAAGCGCGCCCGAGUAUCGAACAAGAAGAAGAAGUAACAAAUCAAUGUAGUGUACACCAGAAACACAGUGAAAUCCGUAACAAUUGGGAAGAGUGAGAGGGAGUACGAGAGAUGGUGACGGCGACAGCCUCGUAGCGCCCAUUUCAAAUAUAAAUUUAAAUAUUAUGUUAGAUCAAGCAACAUUACCAUAUAUACACACAGAUUGAACGGUUGAAUCGACGGCGUGCGUGCGAGCGAUUGCGCGCGCUCACGAGCCAGCGAGCAAACAAGCGAGAGCAAACCCAAAGAGAACGCCAAAUAUGUACUACUCGCCAAAGAGAUGCAAAAACUUCAAAGUCCAAGCAAUCAUUUACGCUAUAUAGUUUCAAUGCAGACCAGAGAGAACAGCCCGCCAAUCUCUUUCUCAUUGAAAUCCAAUGCAACUCGUUAUUAUUUGUUUUACAUUGAUGCUGCUGCUGCCGCAGUUUUUUUUUUCUCUUAUUUUGCUUUCAUCCUCCUUCUUUUGUUUCUCUGUCUUUGGAAAUAUUGAAAUCAAUCAAACAAAUUCGAUCGUUUUUUUUUCUCAUUAUUACACAGCUUUUUAUGUUUGUUUUAUUUUUCUUCAUUUUAUUCUAAUAAAUUUUAUUUGUAAUAUGUAUAUAUAGGUCUUUUUUUGUUUCGUUAUAAUUGUUGGUUGGUUGGUUGUUGUUUUUUUUUAUGUAAAUUGUAUAACUUCCGCGACAAAAACACCGUACACGAAAUUACAUGUAUAUAUAUAUAUAUAUAUAUUAGAAAUCAUUGUAUUCUCUUUUUUUGUUCGUUUCGCAUCUAAAUUCAAAUUCAUUUUGCUAAUUGAUUUCUAAACGAUUCAAUUCAGCUAAUUGAUUCAAUUUCCGUCUUUUCGUUGAUAAAUUACAUUUGAUUUUUUUUUUCUUCUAUUUUCGCUUUAAAUUUCAUAUCAUUUUUGUUUUGUCUUGUAAAUUCUCUUAAAACAUUUUUAAAAUAUAUCUCAAUAAAAGUACAACGAUUGGAUUUAUUGACAUUUUGGCAACGACACAACGACGGGUGGCAAUAAUAACAAAGAUGACGACAAUUGAGAGACCAAACAAACAAUUGUUGUGUAACUCGCGCGCUAGAGAGACAAUCGUAAGCAAUCGGUGUACGAUUCGCUCCGGUUUUUGUUUUUUUUUCGUCUUGUUGUUUCGUUUUAAAAUUCUGUAUCUUUUCCACAUAUCUCUUAAUUUGUUGCAAUAAAUUAGUGUUUGCAUUUUUGGUGAUUUGAUUAAUUAAUUUUUUUCUAUGUUUUGUUUAAGCUCCGAUUUUAAAUUUUCAGAGAGCGUCGACAUUGAAUAUAUAGAUAGAUAGUUAGAUGUACGUGUAAAUAUCGACCUUUCUCACAUACACACAAUUCGAUUAAGUUAUUCAUCCAGAGAGGGAAAAGGCAACACAAAUUAUGUUUAGAAUUAAUUUACAAGAGAGUCACAAAGAAAGAAACAGAAAGAAAGAUAUUAUAAAUUGAAAAACAUUAAAUUUACGUUUUUAGCGCUCCUAGUUAAUAAAUAUCCAUCUUUCUAUAGAAAAAAAAAACUAGAAACAAAAAUAAAGAGAGGAGAAACAAAUGAGAUAAUGAUUUUAAAAAAAAGAAGAGCAAUAAAGUGGAAAAAAUGCUAAUAAUAAUGAUAUUUAUUUAUAUAUGUAUAUAAUAAGAGAAUUCCCAUGUGCAAUAGGAAAAAAGUUUUUUUUUUAUUUUCUGUUUGUAACGUUUCGUAUUAUUUCAAUAAUUUAGACGAUUUGCAAUAUGCUUCUAUAUCUCGUUUUCAACAAUAUUACUUUUUUCUUCGAUGAUCUACUACAAUAUUUCAAUAUUACUAUUUUUUUUUUCUUUUUUUU